AAUAAUUGAUACCCCAUAGUCUAAACAAUAUAUAUAUGUGUGUACACGUAAAUACAUACAAUGGUAUUAUAGCAAUAUAAGAAUUUUUUUUCUUCUCUUCCUUCAACCUCAUUUACGAGUUCGAGUCAUGCGUUGACCUCUCGUUUACGAUUCAGCCCCCGAGGAGAUAAUUUCGCAACUCGAUUAUAAAUCCGCGAAUGAUUGUUCGGAUCGCCUGCAUCUGGCCGAGACGAGCACUUUACGGAGGCUUGUGCAGAUAUAGACGGUUGGUCCCGGACCUUAACCAAUAAGGCAGUAUACCAUAUGGUCCAGGCGUAGCGACGACCUUUAUCUCGUUCGCUACACAGCGUUGGCCACACCUCCCCGCAUUGCCGGAUCAUGUUCAACGACAAAUUCAAUUGCGCAUCCCCGGUUGUAGAGCUCGGAUGAUAUUACUACGUAGUACUGUUGCGAUUUACGUUCUUUUUCGAAUACGUGUGCAUGUCAUGUACAUCCGACCGCAGCCAGUCUAUAUUGUUUGUCCAACGCUAUUCUUUGAAGCUUAGCGUAUCUAUCUCCGAUUGUGGCUGCAGCAAUUUGUCUAUGCGACGUUUACACGCUUAGUUGUAGGGAUUAUCAGUUGUAUUUUCGUAACGGUUUGAUUACUUAUCGCGGUUGCGUUCUCCGCGACUAUAGUGGCUAUUGAAAUUUUAAUACGGUAGCCGCGCAGCGCUGAGCAAACGAGUUGUCACUAACGACGUGAAAUCGAAGAAAAUAUGUCGUCUUACGGAGGUAUCGCUGGAAAUCAGAUAUACUCGUAUGCGGACGAGAAAAAUGCCACCAUCGUCGAUCUGCGAAGCGAUACCCUUUCGAGGCCUUCACUCGCCAUGCGGCAGGCCAUGUUCAACGCUGAAGUUGGCGAUGACGUGUACGAGGAAGAUCCUACCGUGAUAGAACUUCAGGAUAAAGCUGCUGCUCUCCUCGGCAAGGAGGCCGCCUUAUUCGUUGUUUCCGGUACCAUGGGGAAUCUCAUAGCAAUAAUGAACCACUGCAACGAGCGAGGAAGCGAGGCUUACUGCGGCGAAGAAUCUCACACAUUUCUGCACGAGCAGGGUGGAGCGGCUCAAUUGGCCGGAGUGAUGCUCUGUACGUUGCCAAACAACGCGGAUGGGACCUUCGACCUGAAGACGUUGAAAAGCCGGCUGCGAUCGGACCGUCUCCACGAGCCGAUCUCGCGCCUCAUCCUGAUCGAGAACACGUUCAACGGCAAGAUAUUACCGCAGUCGUGGAUUGACGAGGUGUCGAUAUUCGCGAAGGAGAACAACCUCAAGCUGCACGUGGACGGUGCCAGAAUCUGGAACGCAGCGGUCGGCUCCGGCCUUCCGGCGAAAGAGAUAAUUCGCGGCUGCGAUUCCGUAACGUUUUGCCUGAGCAAGGGACUUGGUGCUCCUGCCGGUUCCCUUCUCUGUGGAAGCAGAUCCUUCAUCGAAAAGGCACGGAGAAUCAGGAAAGUUCUGGGCGGCGGGAUGCGGCAGGUCGGCGUUUUGGCCGCGGCCGGACUGGUAGCGUUGGAACAAGGUGUUUCGCUCCUGAAGGAGGACCACAGGCGAGCAUUCUUCAUUGGAGAAACCAUCAACAGUUUGGGUUCCAAGAUGUUUGCAGUCGACCUGAAAACCACCGCGACAAACAUGGUCAUGGUCAAUAUCAAAUCCGAGGACAUUACCGCCCAGAAUUUUGUCGACAGGUUGGAAUUGGUCCUCGACGACGUGCCGGACGAUCGAACCAUCGUGCGAAGCUUGGCGAUCAACUCCAGACUCGUCAGGUUCGUCUUCUACUACGAGAUUGAUGAUGAGGCGGUAGAGAGAGCUCGAAGAAAAAUUUGUUACGUCAUUAGGAAGCUCGACGCCAAAGUUUAACGACUCGUCGUUUUUAAUCCUUCCAGCUUGUCCUGUAACAGGUAAUUCGAGCGAUGCAUUAUUGAUAAUAAUAACGAACUAUCUCGACCGUGAAAGACGUCCUCUCGCGUUCUCCGACGUCUGGCUGAUAUUGAAUGAUAAUAAAGUUAUAGUAAAUAAUAAAAACGUGGUAAUAUAAUCAUGUAUUGAUGUGAUUGUUGUUGCAUUUAUCGAGGCAUGCGUUGAAUUUUUUUUCUUUGCUUAUCACAUAUACACACACACACCUGCUCAGUUCAUCGUUUAUUAAAGUGUAUGUACUCAGCCGUAGCACAAAAGCAGUCCCAGACAAAUGCUAAAUAUUAUAUCUUCGAUAUAAAUUACAAUAGAAAUACCAGGCGAUCGAGUGUUGAAAAUAUUAUGUAUGAUAAAAUAACGACGUAUUAAUAAA